GCGCCCCUUUAAGCCCUGGCCGGCCGCCGGCCGCCGGCCGCGGCGCCAUGGCGUCAUGCGGACGGCGUGGCCAUGGAAGUUGCGCGAGUGCUUCGACAGGUACGAGAUGGACAAGCUGAUCUUGUGGACUUUACGAAGCUCCUCUCCGCAUAUGGGAAGACACAGAAAUGGUUCGCAACUUUGCACGGCCUGACAGCACUUGCAGCGUCAAAUCUUUCGCCCGACACCUACGCCUUCAACGUGGCCGCUGCGAGUUGUCAUGACUGGUCUUGGACCUUGCAACUGCUGGGAGUCCUCCCGUUGAAGCGCCUCAAAGUGGAUAAUGUCUCCUGUGGAGUUAUGAUGUCAGCUUUGAAGAAAGGAUCACAGGCGUCAAGGGCAUGUGACUUGUUGACGGAGCUUCAGAAGCAGUCCAUCCAACUAGGCGUUCAGAGCUACAACAUUGUGAUCUCAGCCUUUGCAGAUGAAGCACGUUGGCCCCAGGCCCUUCAGCUGGCGCUGUCGCUCAGUUUUCGACACGUCUGCGCGCUGGAUGACUUCGCGCGGACCAAGCUGUUGACGAUGCAACGACUGCCAUGGCGUUUGGGUCUGACUUUUGUCGCCGACGGUGGUGCAGAAGCCUUCCGUAGUGCCCUUCAAAUGGUGGGCGCUACGCAAUGGACCCUGACGCUGGAUGCCUUCGCCCAAAACCUCCGCAGUCGACGCCUGGAACCUUCGCUGGGGCAGCUGGCAACGUUGCCAUGGCGAACAUCGAUGGAGGAGUUGCAGAAGAUCCCCGUCGUUCCCGGCCCUCCCCGCGACCUGCUGGCGCUGCUGCGCUCCGCGGCGCAGCAGUCGGCGCCAGCCGCGGCGCUGGCGUCGCUGGCGGCGCUGCCGCGCGCGGUGGCGGCGUAUGGCGCGGUGCUGGGGCGAUGUGCUGAGGAAAAGAACUGGACCUUGGCAUUGGCCUUGCUGGAGACGAUGCAAGUGGAGAAUGUCCAAAAAGACUGUCUUUGUUUCUCCUCCAUGAUGGAUGCGACAUCCACACGGGUCGAAUGGCUAAGAGCCCUGGCGAUCUUCGAAGGCUUGAAGGAGGCGCUGAAAGACAGCAAGGACCUGGACGAGGACCUGGACUUGCUGGGCUCGGUGAGUAUCCAAAGUUGUAGUUCCCAUUGGCCCUGCAGUCUUCAGCUCCUCCGUUCCCUGCGACGUUCGACGCUGCGGCCGCAGCUGCUGAGUUACACGUCGCUCAGUACGCUGCUGGGCGAUGUUGGUGACGACUGGAGACAGGCGCUACAAGUGCUGCAACAUGCGCAGGAGCAACGGGUGGCUCCCAACAACUCUCUGCUGAGUUCGGUGGCGGCAACGUUGAGAGUUGGCACUUGGCGUGUCACCAACGAGCUCCUGAGGAUGGCCACCACUCGACAGGUGGAGAUCUACACCAGCUGCUUCAACGCCUGCAUUGGUGUCUGUGCUGCCCCCGCCUGGCCGCAGGCAUUGCUACAGCUGCAGACUUUGGCCUCGCGCCUCCUGGCCUCGGAUCGCUUGACAAAUCGAAGCCUCCAGCGAGGCCCUUGGUCGGUGGCUCUCCUGGCCUCGCAGCUGGAUAUUGCGACCAUGAACGGCGCAGCUUCAGCUGCCUUAGUGGCUGGCAAGUGGCACCGCUCAUUGGAGGUGCUUCGAGCAGCCGCUCGCUAUGGGCUCCAGUGUGACACCGUGUCCAAGUACUUGCUGAUGCAUGCGCAGAGCAGGAGGGGCGCCUCCGGCGCCUCGAACGGAGCUGGGCGGGGUCGAUGGCAAAUUCCGAUGUCCAUCUUGGCCAACGCCGAGAACCGGAACUUGAGUGACUUGUAUCGAGCCCCAUGGCGUUGA